AAUGGUCUCCCACUGCCUGCCGUGCCUCAUGCCAAUGAUUUUCCGGAAACACCAAUUUUACUACCUGCAUCGACGACUAAGACAGACAUACAUUCGAUAUACAAAACAGCAUGUGAAGAGAGUCACGGUAGAGCAGUGGAGCUAUCAACAUUCAAGGGAAUAUGGCUGACGUGCACACCCCACAUAAAAAUAGCAUCACCCAGGUCAGACGUGUGUUCGAAAUGUGAGAAGCUUCGAUGCAAGGUUACGGCUGCAGUGACGGAGGAAGAAAAGUCGCGGGCCUUAGAUGAGUUCAAAUGUCACAUUGAAGUCUCUAAAAGUGAACACAUGGUGUAUAGAACAAGCGUCCAUGCUGCACGGAUUGAACAAGAAGAAUUUGGACAACACCCGUUAGGCUAUCCGCCAUCGUCAUCCCCUUUGUAUAAUGUACAUUAUACAUUUGAUUUUGCCCAACAGCUAACAAUUCCUCAUCAUUCACGACAGGAAGGUCCCUUAUAUUUUACAUCCCCCCGUAAAGUUCAGUUGUUUGGAGUUUGCAUCAAGGGCUGUAGGGAACAGUACAAUUAUCUUGUUGACGAGGACCAGACGAUUGGCAAGGAUGGUACUUCAACCCAUGGUCCAAACACAGUCAUUACCCUACUACACCAUGCUUUGCAGAGCUACGGGUUUGGGGAAAUGUCUUGUAAAAUGCAUUGUGACAAUUGUGCAGGUGGUCUUUCUGCUGAAAGGAAGCUGUAUUUGUUUAAUCAAAUAAGGCCAUACGUUCAAGAUCACGCGAAAGACCUAACAUGCCCACCUCCUGAUGAGGAAUGACAAUUAUUGUAUUUGAAUUGCACAUAAUCAUGUGUUGCAGUAUAUAUGUACAUUACUUCACCGCAGUAGAUUUCAAAUAAAGAUAACGAUAGCUCUAUUGAUGGUGUUAAAAUAUUCAUCAACUAUUUUAUUUGUUCGGUGUGAGAAUAUUACAUGAUUGUACAUACAUGUAUAUAUCGAUAAUGUAAAAGUAACGACGUCAAAAACUUUUACGUUUGUGACGUUAUAAUUUUCAUAAUAUCUAUGACGGAGCCGUUUUCGCAUCUCCUUAAAAUGGCCAUAAAAUGCUUAUUCAUCAAGAUAUUUGAAUUUUUCUUGUAU